AUGAUCUAUCUAAAAAUACGCUUUUUCUGUUUUCUUUGCUUUUCUCUCCCACAUUCUAUUUGCUUAUUUUUAUUUCCCUUUAGUUUUUCUUUUUUUUCUCACUUAUCUCUUCUUUUUAUUUCUCAUUUCUUUCUUUUCUUUCUUCAUCCAUCGUUUAUUUCUUCUUUUCAUUUCUUUUUUUUAUAUUUCUCAUUCCCGAUUUAUUUAUUUUUUACUUUUUAUAUUCUUUUCAUUCUUUCUUUCUUUCUUUCUUUCUCUUUUUCCUUACUUCUUCCUUUCUCUCUAUUACCUUCUAUUUUUUCAUACCUUUUCAUUUUUUUUCCUUCAAUUGUUUUUCUUUCUUUUUUUUUUCCAUCUUUUUCUUUACUUUUUGUAAUCGUUUCCUCUCUGUGUGUUUCUUUAUUUUUUCAUGGAAUCUUCUUUUUUAAUUACUUCCCUUUUCUUCUUCUAUCUUUUGUUUUUCUCCUCUUUUCUUUCCUAAAUCCAUACAAUGAUCUGCUUUCUUUCUUCUGUUUAAUUCAUGGUUUCUCUAUAGUGUAUUUCUUCUUAGUACUUAGUAUAACUUAUUUUUCUUUAUUCUCUUCUUUCUUUCUUCAAAAGUAUUUAAGCCUUCUUUGUUCUUUCUUUUAUUCUUUAUUUCUUGAAAAGACUUUAAUUGUUUUCCCUCCUCUCAUACUUUUUCUUUCUCAGUCUUUAAUUCCUUUUCGUUCUUUCUUUCUUGAAAAGUUUGCAAUUCCUCUUUCUUUCUUUCUUUCUUUCUUUCUUUCUUUCUUUCUUUCUUUCUUUCUCUCGAAAUUCUUAAUUAUGUUUUGUUCUUUCUUUCAUCAAAAGUUUUUGAUCUCUUUCCUUUCUUUCUUUCUUUCUUUCUUUAAACUAUUUAAUGCGUAUUUGUUCUUUCUUUCACUGUCCUUACUUAUUUUUGUUCUUUCUUUCUUUUUUCUUUCUUCAAAAGUAUUUAAUCCCUAUUUGCAUCAUUCUUUCUUUUUUCUUUCUUUCUUUCUUUCUUUCUUUCUUUCUUUCUUUCGCUUAUUUAAUUCGCUGUCCUUAAUUAUUUUUUGUUUUUCUUUCUUUUUUUUCUUUCUUUUUUCUUUCUUUCUUCAAAGUUAUUUAAUCCCUAUUUAUUCUUUCUUUCCUUCUUGA